AUGGCAGCUGCGGAUCCCAUCAAGGGGCUCUGCGAAGAAACAACUUGUCCCAUCUGCCUGGAGCGUUUUGAGGAUCCUGUGAUUCUAGACUGCGGGCACAAUUACUGCCGGGACUGCCUGGCCCAAUACUUUAGGGAGUCGGAUGCAGAAGGUUCUUGCCCGCAGUGCAGAAAACCUUUUCAGCAAAGCAACUUCAGGCCGAACUGGCAGCUGGCAAAUCUUGUCGAGCUGGUCAGGAAACUCCAGGAGGAGAAAAAAGAAGAGGUCAAGAGGGUGUGUGAGAGGCACCAGGAGCCCCUGAAGCUCUUCUGCAAGGACGAUCAAGCCCCUAUCUGCACGGUGUGUGACAGAUCCAAGGAGCACAAGGGUCACGACAUCGUUCCGGUGGAAGAGGUGGUCCAAGAGUUCAAGGACAAAAUCCAACCCCAGAUGAAGUCUCUGGAGAAAGAAAAAGAAAACCUUGUGAAUCAGAAAGCAGCUGAAGAGCUGAGAAGCCAGGAAUGCCUGGAACUGCUAGGAGAAGAGCAGCAGAAGGUCAAGUCUGCCUUUGAACAACUGCAUAAGUUUCUUGAGGAAAAAGAGCGCGUCCGGCUAGCCCAGCUGCUUGAUCUGGAGAAAGAAAUAGAGAAGAGGCAGGAGGAAAACCUUAGCAGUCUCUCGGAGGGGAUUUCCCAGCUGAGUCAUCUGAUAGCAGAGAUGGAGGAGAAGUGCCAGCAGUCAACGAGUGAAUUUCUGCACGAUAUCAGAAACAUGUUGAACAGGUGUGAGAAGGAACAAGUGAGCCAUGGGCUGGACUCAUCCCCUGGGCUGGACGAGAGACUCAGAUUGUACUUGCAGAAAAACAAUGCUCUAGAAAAUGCCAUGGAGAAAUGUAGAGCAGCGAACGUGACUCUGGAUCCAGACACGGCACACCCGGAUCUUGUUCUCUCUGAAGACUGGAAGGGUGUGAAAUGGGAAGGCAUAGGGCAUGACCUGCCCGACAACCCAGAGAGAUUUAACAAAAUGUGCUCCGUGCUGGGCCGUGAGAGAUUUACUUCCGGAGAACACUGGUGGGAGGUGGAGGUAGAGGGGAGGAUAUGGGAAACCUGGUCUACAAUCAAGGCCGUGGAGGCAAUGUGGGCCGUGGGAGUUGCGCGAGAGUCUGUCACGAGGAAGGGGAAAAUCAAUCACUAUCCUAACGAGGGGAUCUGGGCCGUGGGGAAGCCAGUGAGUGUCACCUACACAUCUUCGCAGUUCUGGGCUUUUACUUCCCCCGGGUGGACUCCUUUGGCUGUGAGAAGUGACCUCAGGAAGAUCCGCGUGUACCUGGACUGUGAAAAGGGCAGUGUGAAAUUUGUGGACGCUGAUACGGAUGACUUGAUCUUCAGUUUCUUUCCAGGCUCAUUUUGCGGGGAGAGCAUCCGUCCUUAUUUCUGGGUUAAUUCAGGAGUCAGAAUGAAAUGCUGAAC